GCUCAGUUACUGAAAUUAAAUCUACAUUCUCACUCCCCCCUCCAUUCUCUAUCGCCCUGCUCCCUCCAGCGCCACCAAAUAGUACUCACACACACUUUCACUGAGAAUUCUCUCUCACUCACACACACAUGCAGCCAACUUGCCUCUCUCGCGCGGCACUACUAAAUGCCGUCUGCUCCGAUGACGUAUCACUUGAUGGUCGACGCGCAUCCCAUUCAUUCGUUCUUGCACCUCUAUUUAAAAAGAAUCUUUAUUCAUAUUUUAAAAAGCGCUAUAUAAGUCAACAUUUUCUCUAUAAGUUCUAAAAAACCUCUCUUUUUUUUUUGCAUCCUAGACAAAAUAAUAAAUAUAUAACAUGACCACACUGGUCUGUGAUACUGUCAUAUUAUUUGUGUGUUUUAAUUUAAAUUUAAGUGCUGGAUUAAACCCUAGUGAGAUGUGAUGGACACCCAUGUAUGAAAAUAAAUUCACUGAUUUAUCUCAAAGGCGGAUUUCAUGAUUCUUAAUUGAUGAUUUUUCGUUAAGGAAAUAUUCUGUGGGAUACCAGAAGAAGUUUCCGCAUAGGCCGUCCCAUUGGUAGGCCCAGAAGUGUGUAUAGAAACAUACACGCAUGCAAGAGUGUCAACAGUACCCAAGGGAACGUAUCACCUUUGAGUACCAGUACUCGAAAGCAAAUUUAUGUUACUGUUUAUCUUGUGAAGAGUGAAAGUAUUUCCAAAACAGUAAGGCCUAUAUGAAGUGAACCCUAUCAAAAGCGAAGCCGUUUUUCUGUGUUUAGGAUAAAAACAAAGGAGUUACGUGACCAGGUAUUUCGUCAUCCCGCUUACCUGGGCGACAGUACACCUGGUUCAUGAGUUGUUGAUGUGUACAUCUGUGCUGCUCCAGUUAUCUGGUGGACAUCGAGAGGGCCACCUAAUAUCACCAUUGUAAUUUUUAAAACAUUUUUACUAAGAAUGUGAGCACCUACAGAGUCAUGGACAAGGAGGAACAAAAGGAAAGACUCGCCAUUGCUCAGUUUGAGUGUGAGCGAAAAAUUAACGCUUCACGUCAAGGUGAUGACCUACUUUACGACAAUGUCACUAAUACCAGAAUGUGCGAAAUGGUCUGGGAUAACAUCUUAUGCUGGGACCCUACCCCUGCGGACACGGUCAGCAAACAACCGUGUCCCGGAUACGUAGCUCAAUUCAAUACCAGCGCCAUGGCCACCAAAUACUGCACCCCGAACGGGACAUGGUUUCAUCAUCCGGCCUUGAAGACGAAGUGGACAGACUUCCAGGGCUGUUUAAUACAACCUGAUAUUUCUGCAGCGUUGGAACACAUUGAGCACGGGGAAAGAUUGCAGCUGAUCAUGACCAUUGGCUAUGGGGUCAGUCUGUGCUCGCUGGUGCUUGCAGUGGUCAUCAUGUGUUGUUCUAAGCUAAAAUCUAAAAGCAACACACUUCAUGUGAAUUUGUUCCUGGCCUUCAUCCUGCGGGCAGUUCUGUCCUUUGCCAAAAAUCUUUUGUUUGUAAACAACAUCGGCCUGGAGAAAGACAUCAUGAGACUGGAGGGCCGAAUUUUGUUUAUACAGGAGGGCACACACUGGGAGUGUCGACUUCUCAUGUCAAUAUUUAUGUACGCCAUUUGUGUCAGCCACAUGUGUAUAUUUGUUGAAGGCCUCUAUCUCCACAUGCUCAUCUACCGGACUCUCAUAACGGAGCGAAACGGGGUCAAACCUUACAUCAUAUUAGCUUGGGUGCUGCCGCUCGCCAUCUUGAUUCCCUGGGUUGUUGUGAGGAUCACUGUCGAUAAUGUUCUCUGUUGGAACAUGACCGAAAACAAGGACUACAUUUGGAUCCACCAUGGACCCCUCCUGGCCGCGGUCUCGCUGAACUUUUUGUUCUUCAUGAACAUUUGCCGAGUUCUGUUCUGCAGAUUGAGGUCAAGCCAAAGACACACAGGCAAGACAAAAUACAGACAACUAGCUAAGUUUAUUUUGGUGCUCAUUCCGCUGUUUGGUGUGAUCUACAUCGUCCUGGCCGUGGUCUUUCCCCUUGGCUACUCCGAGAGGUUCCACACAAGCCAGAUGUAUGUGGAGCAGACGUAUAAUGCAUUCCAGGGUUUUCUCUUGGCUUUGUUGUUCUGCUUUUUAAACGAAGAGGUACACGGAGAAAUUCGAAGUAUCUGGUCUCGCCAAACAAGACGGCGGGAUAGUGUAGCCACCAAAUCCUUUGUAUUGUCCAGCUUUAAACGGACCUCAUUACACAAUCGAGCCUCGUCCAGUACUGGACCCAACAACAGGUCAUCCACCAGGCUCUCCAACUCUGACAGCUUCGAGAUCGCCAAGAGGGAGAGCUGGGCUCCCCGCUUCAAGAGGCGGCUCUUGCGGUUUUUGGGUCUGAGCCGCAAAGAGCGUAACAUCGUACGCCCACCCACACCGCCCUUCAUCGUCAAGCACAACUGCAGUACUGAGAAUAAAAUCACUGCAAGCGACGACUUUGAGAUUAAGCUGAAACUUCGGGGCAAGGUCACGGACGAUGACGACGAUCUCCUGUCGUCUGGUUGAAUUCCUUGUCAAAUUUAUUGGAAAUUCACGCAAAUAUUUCUUAACCGAAAAGUCACCAAAUUGACGUCUGCCGUCAAGUUAAAACCAAAGACACUGAGAGUGGAAAGACACACAGACAAAAGAAAAACAAAUUGUAUUUUAUAUGGGGAACAUGUUAAUCACCCGGUGAAUAUUUUAUUUUAUUAUCAGUAAAGUUUUUCACGUUUUUAUUGCAAACAAAAUGAGACCAAUAAUUAUCUGACGCCCAAUUUUUUCAGGGCUGUACUUUAAAAUGUGCAGGUCGUCAUGCUCGAAUGCUUCCCAUGCAUUUGUAUGCAAGACGACUGACCAUGAGAUUGUUUGAUGGACAACUGACCAUGAGAUUGUUUGCUGGACAACUGACCAUGAGAUUGUUUGCUGGACAACUGGCCAUGCUAUUGUAUGCUGGGCUACUGGCCAUGCUAAUGUAUGCUGGACAACUGACCAUGCGAUUGUACGCUGGACUACUGGCCAUACUACCCUAUGCCGGACAACUGAACUUGCAAUCGUAUGUAGGACUAAUAACAACGUUGAUUUUCUUUCGGCUGUACAGCAGAACUUUAUGGCUUCCUGCUCUUGCAGUUUGCGCCCUGGGCUGUCGUUCGGACUUAUUGAUGGUCCCGGGUUCAAGCCUUACCCGCUCCCAUCCCUCGUCGUCCUGCCCAGGCUUUGACUAGGAAGUAAUUAUCUUGAACUCUGAAGGAACAUCCGAACCAUAUAAGACAUUUUACAAACAUUUUAUAAACAAACAUUUUAUAUGAUUCGCUGCACACAAGAACAUUCGACUUUCCACCAGGCCAUUAAAUGCUUGGCUUGAAACCAAACUCUUGGAUUGCACCCACAAAAAAAAAAAAAAAAAAAAAAUAAUUUUACAUCCGAUGUUCUGAAGUUGUACAUGACAUUGCAUAUUUGCAUAAAUUUACUUUUAAGCUGGAAAUAAGAUAUGGACUAGAACUAAAUCAUGGUCUGAGCCAAAGUUUGAUAGAUGUUAAAAACAUGUAUUCACACUUGCUGUACGAUACUGCAUAUGAGAACACUAAAGUGAAAUCCUGUUUGCUUAAGUAACAUUUCUGACUGAUUACUAUACUAGACAGGGAUUACAUUUCAAAUCGUUUCUUUUA